AAGCAUUCAGCCAAUCAUAGCGAUUUUUUGUACUCAUUUCCGUGAAUGACAAUUGAGGAACUUCUGCUCAUGCUCACACUGCAUGUAGCGCAAAGGAGGAGGCGUAAACACUGACAGAGCUUCGAACUAGCGAGGUUAUGGAGAUGAGCUGCAGCAGCGAGUGCUUCGGAUGUGGCCGCUCAGGGCACUGGAUCAAACAUUGCCCCAAUGUGUGUGGUAGUGGCUCACGAGGACGUAGCCGGGGCAGGGGACGAGGCAAGGACAUGACCUGCUAUCGGUGUGGAGACGUAGGGCACUUGGCGAGGGACUGUGACCAGCCUGAGGACGCGUGCUACAACUGCCACAGGACUGGCCACAUUUCUCGUGACUGCAAAGAGCCCAAAAAGGAGAGGGAGCAACUCUGCUACACCUGUGGCAAGUCGGGUCACAUGGCCCGGGAUUGUGACGCCAACGAGCAAAAGUGCUACUCCUGCGGCGGCUUUGGCCACAUCCAAAAGCUUUGUGACAAGGUGAAAUGUUACAGGUGUGGAGAAAUUGGUCACGUUGCGGUGCACUGCACUAAAGCCAGCGAGACCAACUGCUACAAAUGUGGAAAGGCGGGCCACCUGGCAAAAGAGUGCACCUGCGAAGACACCGCAUAAUCGGUGCCCUCUGUUGCCCCUCCUUUUUUUCAGAUUGAUGGUUGGUUGUAUUAUUUUUCUCUGAAUCCUCUUCACUGGCCAAAGGUUGGCCAAUAGAGGCUAGUCCCGGCCAGUGAGCCUCUCGACAUGUAAUGAAAGGGGUGAAAAAAAAUCUUUCCGCAUUCAACGCAAAAAUGUUUUAGUUUUGUAGCGGUGUUAUGUUUAAUGCUUUGUUAAAGGAUCCCCCCUUUCCAAGCCACUGGUGAUCAGAGAUGAAUCGAUGGGACUAAACAUGGGAAUCUGUUGGACCUCUGAGCUUGUGGAAGUGAAUAUCUUGCCAAGAGAUAAAAGGGAGUAAAUGACAACCGAACUUCCAUGUAUGGGUAUUUUUGGUUUGUUUUUAGUGGGUUGAGUUGGCCAAGGGAGAAUGACAUGGAAACAUUUCAUAUCAUGAUGCAUUUCAGCACUACACGCAGCUAAGCAGGAGCCGACAUUUUCUCUUGCAAAGACACAAAGCAUUUUGGAGGUAGAAAAAGAGCAACCUCUAUCAUAGUACUCUGUUUACAAUUAAAAAAAAUCGACCUGGUAGGCCAAGGUAGGUGUUUCCUUUAAAAUGGCCUUGGAAUUGUUUUUGUUCUUUUUACCUUGACAAAUUUAAAGCCGCCAUGACCAGUUGUCAGAACAGGUGAAUUUGGAGUUAUUUCGGAAUGAAACGGUUUUCACAGAAAUCAAAAUGUUAUUUUUGUACAAUAUCACUUAGACUACUGUAUAAAUACCAUUUGCUUGUACUCAGUUUUUAAGUCGGAAGGAAAGUGCAACUGAAGUCCUAGAAAAUAGAAAUGUAAUUUUAAGCUAUCAAUAAAGCUGGAGGAGCACGGAGAGGAGCAUGUCUGACUGAA